AUGGAGGGGACUGCGGAGUUCCAGACGCCUGACCUGCGAGAUGUGGAGGGCAAGGUGGGCAGGAAGACCCCUGAAGGGCUGCUCCGCGGGCUGCGAGGCGAAUGGGAGCCGGGAACCUCCGGCGCCCUGAUGCUCUCGGGGGCGCCUAGCACCGGCCACGGCCACAGCCUGGGGGACAAGAUCAUGGCGUUGAGGAUGGAGCUGGCCUACCUGCGAGCCAUCGAUGUGAAGAUCCUGCAGCAGCUGUUGACCUUGAAUGAGGGCAUCGAGGCUGUGCGCUGGCUGUUGGAGGAGAGGGGGACAGUGACCAGCUACUGCAGCAGCCUCACCAGCAGUCAAUAUAGCCUGACAGGCGGGAGCCCAGACCACUCAAGGCGAGGCAGCUGGGACAGCCUGCCGGACACCAGCUCCACUGACCGGCUGGACAGUCUCUCCAUUGGCAGCUUCCUAGACACGGUGGUCCCCAGCGAGCUGGAUGAACAGGGCCCCCCUGGGGCUCCCCGCCCUGAGACUGGGCAAAGGUUAUAUCCAGUGGGGACAGGGCCCAGUGGGGACAGGGCCAGGACUGAGGGGGACCUGACAGCCAGCAGGCUAGGGAAUUUGAGGGCUGUAUGGAAGCCCCCAGGGGAGGGGCUCCAAGGUGGACCUCCUGAGCCACUAGAGGAUGAGAGUGCCGAACUGGGCUUUGAGGCCCACUGGUACUGGCAGUGUCAGGAUGACGUGACCUUCUUAUAGUAACUCUCCCACCCUUUUGUA